GUCCUCGCCGGCUGUCAGAGCUGACUAGCGGGGGCUGAUCUCCCGGCGGUUACACAGUGCGGGAAAUUAACGUUAACUCAACCGCCCCCUCGCUCAACGGAUUUUUACAACGGCUGCUUCUUUUUUUUCGGCUGGCGUUUACCCACAGUCAUGUGAUUGUAACGUAAAACCCCUAACCGGAAAACACCGACGGACGACCCUCUCCGCCGCCAACGAAUGCUGCGUUUACAAGGAGCAGUUGAAGCUGCUGCGAGCCCCAGAGAGGACGGACGAGUCUCCGGUAACAAACAAACAACGGCGACACGGCAAACUCCACCGAUUUAAGCGGAGUGCAGGUUGAAGAAUGGAGUUGGCCAACCAUGGUCUUAUCCUGCUGCAACAGCUUAACGCUCAGAGGGAGUUUGGCUUCCUGUGCGACUGCACCGUGGCUAUAGGAGAUGUCUUCUUCAAAGCCCACAAAGCCGUCCUCGCCGCCUUCUCCAACUACUUCAGAAUGCUCUUUAUUCACCAGGACAGUGACUGUGUUCGUCUCAAGGCGGCUGACAUACAGCCAGACAUCUUCAGCUACCUCCUCAACCUGAUGUACACAGGAAAGCUGGCACCACAGCUGAUAGAUCCUGCGCGACUAGAGCAAGGGGUCAGAUUCCUUCAUGCCUAUCCUCUUUUACAGGAGGCCAGCCAGUCAGUGUAUUCCCAGCCUGAGCAAAGCAUCAACCUUUCCACCUCCCUCUACGGCAUCCAGAUAUCUGAUCAGCAGGUGGCACUGUCAGCCAGGCUGCCCACUCGACGGCAGCUGUCCUCUCCCUUUGAUGUGGAGCAGGUCAGCUCAGAGGGGAAGCAACCGUCCACACCAGCGAGUACUUCAUACUCAAAUUCCGUACCACCCAAGCUGUCAUCUUCACCCCCUGAUGUGGAGGCUUCGACCAGCGGCGCUAAGCCUGUGGUUGAGGAGGGGGGAAUGGACUUACUAAGUGCAGAUGGUUCCUCAGCCAACGCCAUCCUCCAUGUGAAGCCCAGCAUAAUGAAGAGGAGUUCCUCCUUUAGGAAGCAUUACUCCUGUCACCUUUGCAGGAGCCGAUUCACCCAGAGGAGUCUACUGAGAGAGCACCUCCUGCAGCACACCCAGAGUCUUCAGCAGACCCUGACUGAGCCCAGCGAUGCUCUCUCACCUGUCAUGACUGGAGAACACAACCUACCCGUCGAGGGGCUUCCUAAAGGGAACAAAGCUGCGUCAAGUCCCUCGGUUGCUGCCGCGGCGGUCGAGAUCAUCAGCGACAGCGAACAAACCCCCGUUUCAGGUACCAACUCGGACUCUCCCCGAGCAGAGGUGUCCACCUCCAGCUGGGGGUUGGGAGGGUUGAACUCUCAGGCGGACACACCACCUCCAUCAGACAUUGCGGAUAUUGACAACCUGGAGAGCGCCGACUUGGACCGGGAAGUGAAGCGGCGGAAGUACGAGUGCUCCACCUGCGGGCGCAAGUUUAUUCAGAAGAGCCACUGGCGCGAACACAUGUACAUCCACACAGGGAAGCCCUUCAAAUGCAGUGCUUGCGGUAAGAGCUUUUGCCGUGCUAACCAGGCAGCCCGUCACGUGUGCCUGAACCAGGGGGCCGACACCUACACCAUGGUGGACCGACAGAGCAUGGAGCUGUGCGCUGCAGGAGAUGACGGCAGCCAGAUGGAGGCGAUGUUCUUGGGCUCAUCAAAGCCUUACAAGUGUAACAUUUGUGCCACCACCUUCUCCAAUCCCAAUGAGGUGAUCAAACACUUAUGUUUCACCCAAGGGGGAUUAGUGGGGCUGCAGGGAAACGCAGGUGCAGGCAUGCUGCUCCAGCGUGAAGAAUUUUCCAAAGAUGAAGGCUCCGAUUUGUCCAACUCUGGCACUCCACUAGAACCCAUAAAGACCGAGGAGAUCCUUGUAGAAUAGUGCCGAAACUGUGUAUUUGUCCCUUAUAACAUGUGUGUUUAUAAUCUAAGUUAUGGUUAUUAGGUAAGCUAAAGUUGACGUUAGUCAGGGUAUGUAUGUUGGAGGUUCUCGAUCUACUUAAACUUAAUUAAGUUUUUAUGAUGGCAUGUUUUGGAUAUUUUGGCCCUCGGAAUAACUAAAAGUCCAAAUUAAAUAACCUAUAGCUCUCUCUCUAUUCAAAAGAAACCAAAUAACAAUGACAUUUGACCUGAGGUGAAUGCUAAUGGCAUAAUUUUACUGCUUGUGUGCAUUGGUGUUAUACUCUGACAUGUGAGGCCGCACCAGACCCUUCAGAGCUAGUUUUGUGGUGACGCUGCAUAGGCAGUUUUUUCAGCAUGAAAGGAAGAGGAAGCUGAGGCAGUUCCGGAGGAGACAACAUGUUGUGCGAUGAGUGGGCUGCGCUAGACUUGAGGAGGAGAAAGAGGUACAAAUUACUAACAAUGCCUCGGAACUGCACAGUUAUUUCUACAUGCUCAUAGCUGAAAGGCUGAAUCUGCAGAUCAGGUAUAGAAUUAAAUUUCCAGCUAAAAGCACACCGACCUGAGACAAUCUGUGCUCUUAUUUGAGUAGAUUCUCGAUAUGCAUCAAAGUACAUUUGUCUUCCAUUCGUAUUCAUUCCAGCAGAAUGAAUACUCAGACAUGUUAUAUGAUGACCAUUGGCUGCAUCCUCCUGUAUGUUCUACUCCUAUUUGGACUGUGCUAGAUGUGAUUAUAGUUCCUGUUUCCUUCUUGUCCCACCAUAUUAGCUCACAGUUGCCCCUCAUACUAAGCAUGUGGCCUCUGAGAAUCGGUCACAGUGAACAAAAGCAAUCACUCUUGUGCCACUUUUAAUUCUUUCUCAUUUUUACUUGUUGUGCAUGUUCCAUAUUGUCUAACUCUUUGCCUGCUGAUUGAAGAGGCAACAUGUUCCAUCCAGACACACAUACCUUGAUGAGAGGCUGUUCUGUACAAUAUUGUACACCUUGUCUUUUAUAAAUUGCUUGAAUUUACUCCUAAAAGCCCCAGAAUUUGGUUUGACAUGCUUUUCUAAUUUUAUAUACACUGCUAUAUUUACAAAGAACACAUUAUAUUGCAAAGAAAUUUGUAUAUUAGUAGACAAAUAGCUUUCAAAAUAGGAAUACGUUAAGGAGAAGUUAACAUAUGAGGGAUGGGCAUGAUGAAUCUAUCCUUAAUUCCUCCAAGAAAUAACCGACGAUUAAAGAGACCAAACUGGAUUUUAGGUCUCUUUUGUUUGCCAUGUUUGUGCUAAUUGCUAACCGUCUUAUACAUUUCAUGCAAAGGGAACUAUUUUUUUGGAUUGUAAAGACCGUCUGACAUUUGUAUAUGUUCUUAAGCCGUGUCCGUACCAUGAAAAACGUUAGUAGUGGCUGCGAUGUUUGUAAUUCUUCACCUGUCUGCGUGGAAGUAAAGUUAACUGACGGUGCGACUCAGAAAGAGUUUGCAUUAAUGACAAGCAGCUGGCUAGAUAUAUGAGCUAACACGGAGAUAUAUAGGUGUGUUUUAUGGGGAGGUAAAAGGGGUGUUUGUGAAACAGUUCAACGACAUAGAUUCUUUGGGAUGACACUUCCUAUGUACUACUGAUGACUAGAACGUGUGAGACAUCUUAACAUACAUGUUGAAUAAAUGUGAAGCUAGGAAAGUGUUUUACAUGUUAACUAAUUUGUCUUGCUGAAACAUGUUCAGUGUAAUAAUAACUCAAAUAGUUUGAAUGAUAAAAAAAAAAAUACCAGUCAGCAUCUGUGUCGAUUUCUCUGUUGCAAAAGUGAACUUAAUUUUAACUGUGAUUAAAACUUUAUACUUAGAAACUCAAUGUUUUUUUUCCCAGUUCUUAUAUACCCGAAUUCUGAGGUGAACCCACUGCAGAGGUGCUUGUAAAAUGUUUAUUGUUCCCUCCCGUAGGAAGUAAUUGUUAUUAAAUGCGACAGAAUUGCCUCGUUUGUUGCUCCAGAAACUCUAAAUUGGUUGUAAGUGUCCCGCAAUUCAUAAAACAGAAAAAAAAGUUGCACUCGCUCUUCCAAAUGUCAUUUUAGAUUCCUGUUAGUAGCCAGUAGUGGUAGCCAUCACCCUGGAGACAAAUAAUAUACAUGUAACUUGAGAUGUAGCCCUCAAAAGCUAAUUAAUGUUCAUUUGUAGGAAAAUAAUUUUAACUGUAGUCUUCUGGUAGUGUUAUUGACCUGCCUCCAUCUUUGAAUUUUCAGAAAUGAAUAAAAAAAAUCUUAAAAAUGCCCAUCCCUAGUAUGUUAAACAGUGCAAAGUGUUGGAAAGCAGUGGUCGCUUUGCUGCAGUUCACCCAGUGUUUGGCUAGAUGGAGCUGUUUUUCUUUAUGGUCUACUCAGGUCUAAUAAUGGGGUGGAAAACAUCACAUUUUAACAGAUAUUUUCACUAAUGUGACUGUGUACUUGCCAUUUAUUGGACCUGCUUUGCCAUAAAUGGAUAUUGCAUUACAUUAAGUUCACAUAAAAAAUGCAUUUCUGUAUAUAUGUGCUAUUAAAAAUGCUCAGUAUUGAACGAGGAGCGAUCGAAACGCUGUACUACUGACCUUCACUUUUCUGAGCCAAAUUGAUUCACAGGAACAUGCACAGCUUUGUAGAAGAACUGAAUCCUCCUCUUAGUUCAAGCUGUAAUUAUCAUCCAGACACCAGUCUUGUCAGUUAAUUUCUGUGUUUGUGUGUGUUUAAACAGCUCAGUAUCUCAGGAAGAUGACAAGUUUGUCUUUUCUGUCCACUGUUGGUUAUCAAAAUGAUGAUUUCAGGACUAGUGAGGACCCCGACCCAGCAGCUUUAGUGCUCACAAUGUUACCCUCCUCCCCAUCUGACAUCUACUGUGAUCAAUCUGUGUUCUCAGGAAUGUGAGUAGUUUUUCUGUUUAAACUUUUUUUCUUUUUCAGUGAAGAAAGAACAAUAAAAACACGUUUUUAUAAUAGUAAA